AUGUGUGUCAGCGACGACAGCGAGUGCGUCGACUCCAGGAACGGCGGCGGCUACCUCUGCAACUGCUCCACAGGUUACCAAGGAAACCCCUACAUCCCUGCCGGCUGCCAAGACAUUAACGAGUGCGAGGAGGAUCCUAACAAGUACCCUUGCUCUGUUCCUGGAACCUGCACCAACACUCCCGGAAGCUUCAUCUGUUCUUGCCCCGACAAGACGACAGGCAACGCUUACAAUGGCACAUGCGAGGCAAAGAAAUCUCAGCUCGGAGUGCGCGUCGCAGUUGGCGUUAGCGCAGGCUUGGUCAUGCUAGUGGUCACCAUGUCCUGCGCCUACAUGAUCCGCCAGAAGCGGAGCCUCGCCGCCGUGAAGCAGAGGUACUUCAAGCAGCACGGCGGCCUCCUGCUGUUCGAGGAGAUGAGCAGCGGCACCGUCUACAAGGGGUCUCUCAGGGACGGCAGGGCCGUGGCAAUCAAGAAGUGCAAGCUGGUGAGCGAGAGGCAGGAGAAGGAGUUCGGGAAGGAGAUGCUCAUCCUGUCCCAGGUCAACCACCGGAACGUCGUCAGGCUCCACGGCUGCUGCCUCGAGGUGGAGGUCCCCAUGCUCGUCUACGAGUUCGUCCCCAACGGCACGCUCUACCACCUCAUCCAUGGCGACCGCCGCCACGGCGGCUCACGCGUCUCCUUCGCGACGCGCCUCAAGAUCGCGCACGAGGCCGCCGAGGCGCUCGCCUACCUCCACUCCUGGGCCUCGCCGCCGAUCAUCCACGGCGACGUCAAGUCGCCCAACAUACUCAUCGACGAGAGCUACGCCGCCAAGGUGUCCGACUUCGGGGCCUCGACGCUGGCGCCCACGGACGAGGCGCAGUUCGUCACGUUCGUGCAGGGCACCUACGGCUACCUGGACCCGGAGUACAUGCAGACCUCCAAGCUGACGAGCAAGAGCGACGUGUACAGCUUCGGCGUCGUGCUCCUGGAGCUGCUCACGUGCAGGAAGGCCAUGAACCUCCAGGCGCUUGACGACGAGGAGAUCAACCUCUCGGCGCAAUUCCUCCACGCCAUGGGUGAGAAGAGGCUCGAUGAGAUACUGGACGAACAGAUAAAAGGCGAGCAGAGCAUGGAGCUGAUCGAGCAGGUGGCGGAGCUGGCGAAGCAGUGCCUGGAGAUGGCGAGCGAGAAGAGGCCCUCCAUGCGGGAGGUUGCGGAAGAGCUCGACAGGGUUAGGAAGCUGUCGCAGCAUCCCUGGGGGAGCCAAGAAGACACUUGUGAUGCGGAGGAGCUCAAGGCCUUGCUUGUCGGAUCACCAGGGACAGGGACGUCCUCUGAAAUAGAACUUAGUAUUAGUACUAAUGCGUAUGUUAGCAUGACAGAUUCAGCCUAUUUAGGGAUUCGAUCUCCACGAUGA